AUGUGGUGCAAAUCUGAUAAGGAGAAGUCAGUUUAUGGUGAAUGUGUUAAAAUUUUAAAGAUAAGAACUGUUAUUACUGAUGAAUUUGCAACAGAUUGUCAUCUAUCUGAAUUUUAUUAUCUUACAAAUACUCAGAAUUCUAAGAAAAAUCUUAUUUUUGGUCAUGACAUAAGUCAAUAUUAUUGUUUUUUAAUUAUGGGAAACUCUCGCCCAUCUGUGUCUUGUUGCAUUAUAUGUGUUGGUGAAGGACCAGUCAUUUCUGUAGUGCCUCUUGACUUGCCUUGGAAUGAAACUCUUCUCCUGAAGCCUUCUGUGAAAGAGAUCAAAGUCAUAAAUGAUGGACCAAUUCCUGCUGCUAUUGAAGUUACGCUUAUCAAAACCAAAUCACCCUGGAGCAUCAGCCCCACAUGUUUUAUGAUAAAUCCAGAUGAAACCAAACUUAUUGAAGUCGUGAUAUAUCUGACUGAUACUGGUAACUACAGUGACACCAUGGAGAUAAAAGUCACAAACAGCAGAACCAUUACUGUAAACUUAACAGCAAUUGGAAUUGGAACCAGUAUAACUGUUGAACCUCCUAUUUCUACUGUGGAUCUUGGCUUACUGUACAUAUCACAAAAGAUUGUAAAAGAGUUUGUUGUUGAGAAUAAGGGCACAAGGCAUCAUCAGCUUGUGUGGUCACCAGUGGCAGAUAUGAAAGAUAAUGCAAAAUCUGCAGUCGAAUUCCCAAAACACUUAAAAGAUAGUGCUUAA